UUGUUGGCUGUUGCCGGAACCCUCCCAACACGGGCUCGCGAGCUCUGGUUCGCUUGAGAGGUGACCGAAGCGGGAAGGCGUGGGAGGAGACCCCGUCGCCGCUACAGAGAGGUUUCCGGGUGGCAGCGCCCACGAAGACGCCGCCGCCGCCACCGCCUAGGGACCCGGGGCUCGUGACGGCUCAGUGGGGUCCGGACUGUGAUGGCGGCGGCUGCCGUGACCGACCCGGCGUCGAUGGUUGGCAUGGAGUGGAGGGUGAAGAAGCAUCUUCAGAGCAAAGCAUUACUGUAGGAGUGUCACACAUUAGUACUUCUGAGCCAGGUUCGCCGACCCAUACAGCUCACCCCUGUGACAUAGGUGGCCCUAAGACCUUGAAAGAUAUUUUGCACCUAGAUGAACACCAGGAAACACGCCAUGGACUGAAACCUUACACAUGUGGGAUAUGCAGUAGACAAUUCUGGUUCAGUGCUAACUUUCACCAGCACCAGAGGCAGUGCAAUGUUGAGAAAUCCUUAAGAAACAAAGGCAAGACUUCAUUUGUGAAGAAUCUUAGAGUUUGUGAAGGACCUCACUUGUCAGAGAAGCCCUUUACAUGUAAGGAGGAUCAGAAGGAUUUCCAGGCCAGUUUGGACAGUCACCAACAAAAGGCCACCCACAGGAAGAGGAAGACAAGGAGCACUGAGAGUGGGGAGGCCUUUCACAUUGGACAUAUGCAUUACAAGUGCAGUGAGUGUGGGAAAGCCUUCAACCGCAAAGACACACUUGUCCAGCACCAGAGAAUCCACACUGGAGAAAGGCCUUAUGAGUGCAGUGAAUGUGGGAAAUCCUUCAAUCGCAAAGCCACACUAGUCCAGCACCAGAGAAUCCAUACCGGGGAGAGGCCAUAUGAAUGCAGUGAAUGUGGGAAAGCCUUUAGCCGCAAAGACAACCUUACUCAGCACAAAAGAAUUCACACAGGAGAAAUGCCUUAUAAGUGUGGCGAAUGUGGAAAAUAUUUUAGCCAUCACUCCAACCUAAUUGUACACCAGAGAGUUCACAAUGGAGCAAGGCCCUAUAAGUGCAGCAAUUGUGGGAAAGUCUUCCGACACAAAUCCACACUUGUUCAGCAUGAGAGUAUCCAUACUGGAGAAAAUCCUUAUGUAUGCAGUGAUUGUGGGAAAUCCUUUGGUCACAAAUACACCCUCAUUAAACACCAGAGAAUUCACACUGAGGCAAGACCUUUUGAGUGCAUUGAAUGUGGAAAAUUCUUUAGUCGAAGCUCUGAUUUUAUUGCACACCAGAGAGUUCACACAGGGGAAAGGCCUUUUGUGUGCAGCAAGUGUGGGAAAGAUUUCAUCAGAACCUCCCACCUUGUUCGGCACCAAAAAGUUCACACUGGAGAGAGGCCAUAUGAGUGCAAUGAAUGUGGGAAAGCUUAUAGUUUAAGCUCCCAUCUCAUUCGACACCAAAAAGUUCACAAUGCAGGGAGGCUUUAGGAGUGCUUUUAACCCACAGGACUCAUGGAGAGUUAUUCUGUGGUUACUCGUUGAGGAGGAGACAUCCAUCAGGUGUUGAACCUCGUAUAUCUGAACAUAAACCCUAGAGAGAGAUCUUAGGAAUGCCAGUUACAAGGGAAGCUGUCAGGGGCUGUGUGGCCGCCUCAGGUUCCUUGCCAGAUUUAUCGCUGUCGAUGCCUAUGGCUGAAACUAUCUCAACUCUACCAGCUUAGUUACCCUAAUAUCCUCAGAGAAGACAGCCUUGUACUGUUUCUCCAACUGAGGAGGGAAUUAGAAGAAACCCGAGUUAAAUGGCAGUCCUUACUCCCUCCCCACUGACUGGUACAGGUAUGGACAGGAACCACUUUUAGCUACGAGGACCUGAGCUGUGUUUGGUAGCUUACAGAAAAGGUUUUAUUCAUGGAUAUUGUUGGUCUCCCUUGAUACAUGUGACAGAUUUUUCCAGCCUCCAAGUCACCCAGCCUGAAGAACUGCUUGCCUCACAUUUCUCUGCUUUGUGUAAUAAUAAAGACAUUAUUUAAGCUA